AGCCAAGUCCUCCCGCUCACCUGGGCCCCCCGCCGGUCAGCCGCUGACCCCAAGGCGGGCCCGGGAGCGCGGGAGAGGUCAGCGCGCAGGGCGGAGUCGCGGCCCCGGAAACGCGCCGGGGCCCGCGAGCUGCAGGAGUGAGUCUCGGUACAGUCAGGGCUUCUGCUGGGCAGGGCCAGCGGCUAAUCCUGCCGGCGGACAGCGGGGCGGGGGACAGGGGCCAUAUAGGUGGAGUCGGCGGCCGCGAAACGCCGUGCGCAGGGGAGAGGGCGGCGGCCCAGGGAGUGCCCCCCUGGAGCGUUUCUUAAAGAAACGGAGACCUAAGCGACUGGCGAGGAGGGGCCGCCCGCUGUUGGGGACGCGCCUGCCGCCCCACCCUCGGCCCGAGGAAAAGCCCCUUGGGUGAGAGGCGGAAGCCGGAGAGAAACGCAGGAGAAAAACGCUUCUGCCCGCGCUCCGGAGCCGCUCUUCCGCGCCCGUCGCCCCGCGCGCACCCCUGCCGCGGCCCUGCGCCCCUCUCACCCUCGCCGGCCACCUGCUCCCGAGCCCUCCCAUGGACGCCGCGCGCCCCCCCUGCGCCCGGAGCCGAGCCCUCUGCCGGCUGCUGCUGCUGACGCUCGCGAUCUUAACGUCUGCCUGUGAUGCCUGUAAACAGGUGACUCUACAUAUUCCAUACGAAUUGGAUGCUGAAAAACUUGUUGGUAGAGUUAACCUGAAAGAUUGCUUUAGAUCUGCAAAUCUAAUUCAAUCAAGUGAUCCAGAUUUCCAAAUCCUGGAAGAUGGCUCCGUCUACACAACACAUGCUGUUCUUUCACCCCCAGAGAAGAAAAAUUUUACCAUAUUACUGUCCAACACUGAGAACCAUGAGCAGAAGCAAAUACUUGUCCUUUUAGAGAUCCAAACAAUGGUGCUGAAGCAAAGUCAUUCUACAGAAAAAGUUCUAAAACGUGCCAAGAGGAGAUGGGCUCCUAUUCCUUGCUCAAUGCUAGAAAAUUCCUUGGGUCCUUUUCCACUCUUUCUUCAACAGGUUCAAUCUGACACAGCACAAAACUACACCAUAUACUAUUCUAUAAGUGGACCUGGAGUUGACAUCGAACCUAAAAAUUUGUUUUAUGUAGAGAGAGACACUGGAAAUCUCUUUUGUACCCGUUCAGUAGAUCGUGAGCAGUAUGAAUCUUUUAAGCUCACCGCCUUUGCAACAACUCCAGAUGGAUACACUCCAGAGGCACCACUCACCCUGCUAAUCAAGAUUGAGGAUGAAAAUGAUAACUACCCAAUAUUUACAGAAGAAGUAUUUACUUUUAAAGUUCAUGAAAAUUGCAGAGUUGGUACUACCGUGGGACAGGUGUGUGCCACUGACAAAGACGAACCCGAUACGCUGCACACACGCCUGAAAUACAGCAUCGUCGAGCAGAUCCCAGCAACACCCAGGCUGUUCUCCAUGCAUCCAGUUACCGGAGUGAUCACCACCAUGUCGUCCCAGUUAGACAGAGAGGUAAUUGAUAAAUACCAUUUGAAGAUAAAAGUACAAGACAUGGAUGGCCAGUAUUUUGGAUUGCAGACCACUUCAGCCUGUGUUAUUCAUAUUGAAGAUGCUAAUGAUAACUUGCCAACAUUCACACAAUCUUCUUAUGUGACAUCAGUGGAUGAAAAUACAGUUAAUAUAGAAAUCUUACGUGUUUCUGUUGAAGAUAAGGAUUUAAUCAAUACUGCUAAUUGGAGAGCUAAUUAUACCAUUUUAAAGGGCAAUGAAAAUGGAAAUUUUAAAAUUGUAACAGAUCCCCAAACCAAUGAGGGAAUUCUGUGUGUGGUUAAGCCACUGAAUUACGAAGAGAGACAGCAGGUGAGCCUGCAGAUUGGUGUAGUUAAUGAAGCUCCGUAUUCGAAAGAGACUGGAUCGAGGCCACCCAUGAAUACAGCCACGGUUACCGUUAAUGUCAGAGACCAGGACGAGGGUCCCGAGUGCAUUCCCCCCAUGCAAACCACUCGAAUCCAAGAAAACUCCCCAGCAGGAACAAGGAGCAAUGGCUAUAGAGCAUAUGAUCCAGAAACAAAAAGUAGCAAUGACAUAAGGUAUAAGAAAUUAACUGAUCCUAAAGGGUGGGUCACUGUGGAAGAGAAUUCAGGAUUAAUUACAGUUUUCAGAACUCUGGAUAGGGAGGCUGAGAAUAUAAGAAAUGGUAUAUAUAAUAUUACAAUCCUGGCAGCAGAUAGAGAUGGACGUUCUUGUACUGGGACAUUGGGAAUUAUACUUGAAGAUGUGAAUGAUAAUGGCCCAUUCAUACCUAAACAGACGGUGAUAAUCUGCAAACCUGUGAUGUCAAGUGCAGAGAUUGUUGCUGUCGAUCCAGAUGAUAUCAUAAAUGGUCCACCCUUUGAAUUUAGUUUGGAGGGUACUUCUAGUACUGACACAGAAAGAAUGUGGAGACUGACAAGAAUUAAUGAUACAGCAGCACGUCUUUCCUUAGAAAGAAGAGAUGCCGCCUUUGGAUCAUAUAGAGUACCUAUCAGAGUAACAGAUAGACAUGGCCUGUCACGGGUGACUCCAUUAAAUGUGUUGUUGUGUGACUGUGUGACCGAAAAUGACUGCACUCUUCGCUCAGAUGCAAGGACAGGCAACGGAGAAAUACGACUUGGAAAGUGGGCCAUCCUUGCAAUACUGUUGGGCAUAGCUUUGCUAUUUUGUAUCCUAUUUACCUUAGUCUGUGGUGCUACUCGGACAACUGAAAAGCCAAAAGUAUUUCCAGAUGACGUAGCCCAGCAGAACCUCAUUGUGUCUAACACUGAAGCUCCCGGUGAUGACAAAAUGUUUUCAGCAAAUGGCUUCACAUGUACAACCCAUACUUCUGGCAGUUCAGCUCAUGGAAUGGGCUGCACCUUGGGAUCAGGAGUGAAAAAUGGACAGGAGACCAUUGAAAUGGUGAAAGGAGCCCAUCAGAACCUGGAAUCCUGCCAGGUGGCUGGGCAUCAUCACACCCUGGAUCCCUGCAGGGUAGGGGGGCAGCACACCUUGGAUUCCUGCAGGGGCGGACACGUGGAGAUUGACAACUGCAGAUACAAUUACUCCGAGUGGCACAGUUUCACUCAGCCCCGUCUUGGUGAAAAGGUGCAGCUCUGUGAUCAGGAUGCCAGUCAUCAGCUUGCUCAAGACUAUGUGCUCAAGUACAGCUACGAAGGAAGAGGGUCUGUCGCGGGUUCUAUAGGUUGUUGCAGUGAACGACAAGAAGAAGAGGGACUUGAGUUUUUGGAUCAUUUGGAACCCAAAUUUAGGACAUUAGCACAAGUAUGCAUGAAUAGAUGAGUGCGUACUAGGAUAAGUCUACAGAAACAAGUGGCAUUAUUGCCUUCUCUUUCUUAAAUAACAAAAUAAUGGUUUUUGUUUUGUUUUUGAAAGAAGAUAUUAUAUACGUAGGGAUAUCCCCACUAUAAAUUUGAUAAAAUCUCUUUACUCAAUGUGGAUUUACAGAGAGAUUCUGUAUUGAGUAUACACUUUAUACAAUGUUUACCUGGUUUUUAAUAACUUGCCUUUCACUUAAGGAAAUCUACAAAUAGAAAAUUAAGGGUGUCUGCAUUAUUGUUUACACCAGCAUGAUGACAAAAGCCCCAUUAUAAUGCAAUGGAAUGCAUUCAUUUGAGUCAUCUUAUAGAUAGACUUGAAGUGCAACCCAUUAGAAAAUUUUAGAUUUUUAACAUGCUUUCACAUUAUUGCCAGUUACCUAAUCAGUUGAAGCGGUGCUUGAAAACUGUUGUUCUUAUAAAAAUUCUAAGGUGUUCAAAUUGAAUUUUUGAUAUUGCCAUAUUUUUAUAACAUGACCUUUAUUCAUAAUGCAAAAAUCAAUAUUGCCAAUAUUAUUUAUAUUGCCCAUUAUUACAGUUCCAUUUGAGCAAGUUUAGUUUCUAGGUUGUAUUCUGUAUUAAGUCCUGCACUGAAUCUGUAUUUCCUCUGCUAACUCUUUUGACAGUGAAAUUUAGUAUUAAAUAAUACCUUAAGGUAGUGUUAUUCCUGCAAAGUUUUAGGUUUUAGUAUCUCCCUUUCUUUCUCCCACCCCCAUUUUCUUUUUCCUUCUUCCUUGUAUUUCUCUCCCUUUCAUUUUCACCAUCAACUCCCUCCGUUUUCUUUUCUUUUUCUUUUAACAUUCCUAUUUAGAUUUGGGAAUCUAAAUAAUUUUUGUACAUAAAUGUUCUGCUUCUCCCUUAAAGUGAGUUUUUCUGGUUUUUUUUUUUGGCACAGGUAUUCCUAGCUUUCCAUAAGAUCAUUGUAAUGUUGAUACUUUAUUUCAAAUAUUUUGGUGAUUCCUUUCUGUCCUCAGUAUAACUUUGCCUUUGUAACGUAGAAAUACGUUAUGGUUUUUAUUAGACAAACACUUCAUUGGAAAAAGGAAUAGUGAACUAAAGUUGAGGUCAAGAUAUUUACUAUAUAGUAUAUUCAUAGAUCAUGUCUUUAAUGUAGGUGUAAGGUUUAUAGGUACAAAAUUAUAGUGGUCUUUUAAAAUUAGCUUGGAAAUACAGGGAUUGUAGAAGUGCUUUAGAAGUAACUAUUGUGUGACUUUUAAAAUGAGGUGGGUAGUCAUGUAUGUGUAAAGUUACUUUAGUUACUUUUUAAGGUUAUAUAUUGGACAAAUAUGUAAGUGGGCCUAACUUACAAUUUUGAAAUAAUAGACACAAUUCGCACAAAACAAAUUCAAGGUCUUAUAGUUAAAUUCAGUCAAUGAAUUUCAUUUUCUGUGCAUACCAAUACAUUAAUAUUUAUUGUUAAUAAUAUGCCUAUGUUAAAUUCACAGGUUGGCUUGUAACAAUUAUCAAGAAUUAGAAUUCGGAAAUUAAUGAAGUUUAUAUUUUCAUAGUUUCAUUACUGUUCAAAAAAACUAUUUAAAAGUUAUUUGUAAUACAUUUUGUACAGAAUUCUUGUAUAUUACUAGUUAUGAUAAAGGAGAUUAGUAGUUUUAAAAGUCUGUUUAUUGAAAAUGCGCCUGGUAUGAGUUAAUGGGAUUAUAUUUUUUAACUCAAAAGAUUGUGUCUCAUCUGUAGAAUCCUAUCCUACAUAUUUUAGAAUUUUAGAGUUCGACUUGGAGAGUUCCUUUAACCAUUGUUAUCACUACAUUUAUAUAUGUCUAUUCUAAAGACUGUGAAGCUGUGGGUUGGGAUAUUGGUUAAGUUGCAUACUCUCUGUGUUUUGUUUUGUUUUGGUUUUUUCAUCAUAAAAUGGUUAAUAACAUAGAAAUAGUUUUUUAGAUGGCUGUAAGACUUUUGAAUAAAAAUGGUUUUUAGCUUGAAAAUUAUACAGUCAUAUACCUAAAAGACACUUUUAGUAAGAAUAAAUAAUUUGGACUAAACCACACCUACAAUGCAUUUCCUAUUAGCGAAA